AUGGCGAGAGGCGGCACAACCAACAACGACUCACAACACCCUACCAUGGAGGAGAUGAUGGCAUUGAUCAACGGAUUGAGGGAGGAGAAUGCGCGAUCCAGGGAGAGAGAGGAGGCUAUUCAACGAGAAAACGAGGAGAUUAGGAGGCGGGCGGACGAGAUGCAAGCUAUGAUAACGGCCAACGCCAGGACGGUGGAGGAAGAUGUCAUGAUGGAAGUCCCCAGGGAUUUUCGACCUUUUUCGGAGGCCAUAGAGGCCGAGACCAUCCCGAGGGAUCAUCGGAUUCCCCAAGUCGAACCUUUUGAUGGAACUCAGGAUCCCAGUCAGCACUUGACGAAUUUCCGCGCUCAAAUGUUGAUUUGUGGAGGAAGUAUGGAAGUUCGCUGCAAACUAUUCAUGGGUACACUCAGAAAAGCAGCACUGGAUUGGUUUAGUGGUCUCCCUGACCGAUCAAUCACCGACUUUGAUGUCUUUAGUCGGCUCUUCAUGACACAGUUCGCCGCUAACAAGAAGAAACCACCGAUCACGUCGGACUUGUUCGAUCUCAAACAGCAGCGGGAGGAGUCGUUGAAGGACUUUCUGCAAAGGUUCAACGAGGUCGCCUUGAGGAUAGCGUCCUUGGAUGAAAGGAUGGCAGUCAUCGCGUUCCAGAAGGGCUUAAGGUCUGGAGCUUUCGACAUCGCGCUAGAGAAAGCGAGUUGUCAAACGAUGUCGGAGGUGAGAGCUUUCGCGCUGAGUCAUAUCAAGACGGAGGAGGGACAAAUCAACAAAAGGGUAGCUGAAAGCCGAGAAGCUAGGGUCGUCCCAAGAGAUUUUUGUUCCAUAUAA